AUGGACAUCUCUGUUCUGCCCAACAACAACCACCCAGAGAAGUUCCUCCAGCUUGAUGUAAGGAUACUGCCAGUCACACAUGGAAUGUUCCAUGCUGGCUCAGCUAUGUCCAGUCAAAGACACUGGCAGAACAGGGUCUACUCCCAGAGAGAGCCGAGGAUAAAGAGUGAAAAGAGGUCUCUUCCGUUCCCAGACGGUGUGGUGUUUGUGGACAGAUACCUGGAGAAGCACAUCACACCAUUUACUGUGAAGUCCAACAUUAAAAGGAAUCCUCUGUAUACAGAUUUAAGAUCGAUGGACAAAGUAGAUAUGGAGAAGUCCAAGCCCUCAUGGACUGUCAGGGAGUAUUGCACUCAAACGAUCCACGGCAACCUCACCAACUUUUUAAAGGAGGAAGAGAAGACUGCUAAAGAUAUGGACUUUUGGCUCGAGGAUCUCUACACACCAGGAUUUGACUCUUUACUGAAAAAGAAAGAAGCAGAACAUAAAAGAAAAAAAAAUUGUAAAAUAUUUUUUUCAAUAAUUUUGUCUCUGUGUGCGAUACUUAUUGUUAUUAUAGUGCCAGUUGUGGUCUUUCAGAAGAAAAACUGA